GGAGAGGCAGACCUGAAGGGUGGGCUCGAUGCCGCGAGGCAAGGGUUAACCAGCCCCGGCUUUCUUGCACUGAGGACGUCACAGAUGUUUGAGAAGGAGGGGAGGGGGCGAGCCGUGGUCUAUGGUGGUCUUUGUGAGGCAUCGGAGACGGAUCGCGGCAGCUGCACCAGCAACGUUGCCUUCCCGCGGCUGUCGGCACUCACAGAGAGGCUCCCCCACCCUGCCUGCCUUCCUUUCUGUCCAAGGGGCGCAGAGAGAGGGCUCCUCUUCCCAGACACCAGCAGGAUCCGCAGAAGUCUGGGGGCCAAGAUCCCCUCCUUCCCAACGUGCAGCCUCUCCCCCUCCACGAUCUGUGCGCUCGCCUCUUCCUCGGCGGAAAGGUUUCUCUCAGUUGAUGAGGGGUUUUAUGAACCCUACAGAUCCUCCCUUCUUCCUGUAGAGGCUGCCAAAGCAUCAGGAAUUAAGGUCUGCUGGUCAUGGGCAAUCUGAUAAAGGUAUUGGGUAAAGAUUUAGAAAACUGCCCUCAUUUCUUCUUGGAUUUCGAAAGUGUCACAUGGGGAACCUUCUUAAAGUGUUGACUUAUAACGAGCUUGACCAAGGCCCUAGUUUUUUCCUUGACUUUGAACAUGCGCAGCCCACAGAAGCCGAGACGGCUGUGUGGAACCAGGUGAAUGCCGUCCUGGAAGAGGCCCAGACCAUUCUGGCAGAAUUGCAGUCCUACACGGGAGCUGGACAAGAGAUUAGAGAGGCAAUCCAAAACCCCAGUGACUUGGAACUGCAAGAAAAAGCGUGGAAUGCCGUCUGUCCUCUAGUGGCAAAGCUGAAGCGGUUCUAUGAGUUCUCUCUUAGGCUUGAGAAUGCUUUGCGGAGUUUGCUGGAAGCCCUCACCAGCCCUCCAUAUGCACCAACUCAGCACCUGGAGCGAGAACAGGCCCUAGCCAAGCAGUUUGCAGAAAUCUUACACUUCACUCUCAGUUUCGAUGAGCUCAAGAUGACCAACCCUGCCAUCCAGAAUGACUUUAGCUACUACAGAAGAACUAUCAGUCGAAACCGAAUCAACAAUUUGCACUUAGAUGCAGAGAGCGAAGUGAACAAUGAAAUGGCCAAUCGGAUGUCGCUAUUCUAUGCAGAAGCCACCCCCAUGCUGAAAACUCUGAGCAAUGCCACAACUAAAUUUGUGUCAGAGAACAAAACUCUCCCCAUAGAGGACACGACUGAUUGCUUAAGCACCAUGGCCUGCGUCUGCAGAGUGAUGCUGGAAACUCCGGAAUACCGGAGCCGGUUCACCAACACGGAAACCCUCCUGUUCUGCAUGCGAGUAAUGGUGGGGGUCAUCAUUCUCUAUGACCAUGUCCAUCCUGUGGGGGCUUUUGCCAAGACCUCCAAAAUUGAUAUUAGAAAGGAUGCACUCCAAAUCUAGAAAGAGACCUCCCCAACAGCACAGAGGGUCUCCUCAACGCAUUGAGGUACACCACUCGGCACCUCAAUGACGACACCACAUCAAAGCAGAUCCGGGCCUUGCUGCAAUGAACGCCUCCUGGGAGUCAAGGUCAAGUGUCCUGAGUUCACUCUAGCAGCCUUGGGUAGAAUUUCACUCCAUCAACCCUAUUACAGUUUUAAUGUUGAUAUACAUGCUAUAAAUAACCAUUGGCCACCAUAUCCUUCAUUUUGUAAAAAACAAACAAACCAACCACACAAAACAAAAACAAGAGGGGGGAGGGGGAGAUUUUAAAUAUAUAUAAAUAAAAAUUAUAUAUACAUAUAUAAAAUUAUGACAGAGAAUCCUACCAACUCAACCUGCCAGCUUGGUCCGCCUCCUGAGAUAGCUUGGUGUUGAACUCUGACCAAAGCGUGACUCUUUCCCUCAGCCCUCCCGGCAGUUCUGUGUCCAAUCCCAUUUGCAUUGUUGUGAUCUGUCCUCUUCUCAACCCUUACAAGUUGCCAGAGUCUGACCAAGCUUUAGGAUGGAAGGGCAGAGUUUGGCCGUGAGAGAUCAACCCCUUGCAGAAGCCAUCUUGGAACCAGGAGAAAUGGUCUGCCUUGGAGUUCUUCUAGGGCCCAGAGGUGGUCCAGGGAAGUGGGUGGGGUCCCGGGGACUGGCAGCACAGAAAUUGCCUAAGGUGUAAAUAAUGUCUGGAAAGUGACUGUUGACUGGGAGGCCCAGGUGGAUUGAGGGAUGGUGAACGGCAUCAUCAUUAAAAAUCUUCAGCACUGAUUCCAUUCAAAAUGGCUCAGUCACACCUUUUAGAUUUUUAAUAUAAUUAAAAAUCACUCACAUGUUAUUUUGUACAUUUUUGUGUCAAAUAAAAGGAGAUGGAAAAAUGA